AUGGUCGAUGCGAAUCCCGGCCAGGACCGCAACGCAGACGGCCACACGACCAGGUGUUCUACAGGCGCCAAUACUCCCUCCAAGGAUGUAUACACGCCUACCGGGCUGGCGAAGCAUCCGGUAGCUUACGUUUCUCGCGGAAAAUUGAGCGAAACGACGUUUGUGGGCGGUGUAGAUUUCGAUCAGCUGACGGAGCGUGUGGCGGAAGUCGAACGACUGGCAGACGCUGCGCGGCAAGCCAUCCAGGUCGUGGCAGAUGCUGCGCUACGAGCUAUCAAUCAUCGGGUGGCCACGCGUAAGACGGUCGUCGAUAGGAUGGGAGCUACCCGAGAUGUACAACUCGGGAUACAGCGGAUGUUAAAUCCCGGGCCUAGUCCGGCCGACGAAACCAGGACGGAUCUGCAACGGGAAUCUGAAUUAUACAAAGCAGCUCUGGAGAGGGUCCUCGGAGGCGCGAACGAGAACGAUCCAGCAGUCAAGAUGCCGAGAACUAGGCUCGAAUAUGCAAAGCUGAAGCUGGAGCAAUCUCUACAUCAACGACAUGAGAUGGACGAGAAAAGCUGA